CAACAGAAAAGGUUGAGAGCCACUGUUCUAAAGGAUCCCCUCAAAGCAAAGUUUAUCCAAACUGUGAGGAAGGCGACCUGAAGUCUGGUGGUGAAGGCUCCGUGUGUAACCCACACCUCCUGGGUGGGAGUUCCGCUGUCAGAACAGACUGAACCUGUUCACUGUCCCUGCAAUACAAUGGAAUUAUUACGGGCUCUUCGGAGGAAGAGGAGACACAAAAAGAAAAAGCUGAAACCAAAAGCUUUUGGGUGCUGUGAGGAAGAGCUGGAGGAGGCUGGUGCAUCCCUAGAGACAUGCUGCCCUGUGCACCUGGAGAAGCUCCGCUUGGCUCAGCGCCUCAGGCUGGUUGACAGGAGGGUACAGUACAUGGCCAGACACCUGGAGGAAGUUCUGAUACCGCCGAGUGUGUCGACAUCUGGGAUGAGCCAGUUCUACUCCUCUAGGGAAUCCACCACCUCUGCCCUCUGGAGUCCCAACUCCUUUUCCCUGAGAGAAGCCUCCAUGACUUGGUCAGAGCCCCUCUGCCACACAAGGGAGAUCAUGACUGUCACAAGCUGGGAAGGAUCCACUCAUCCCAUCCAAGCCCAGCCUCUCCCCAGGCCUCCUGCCCACAGCAGACGAGACCGGCGAGAGCAGAACAUAGGUCUGGACCAGAUGUCAGCCCAUGGCUCAGACUUCAACAUCCGACAGAAGCAUCUGCAGAGCCAGCUGGGGGCACCACAAAGCCUCAUCCCGGGGGAGCCAUUGCUGGGUGAGCAGGACACCAAGCAGCAAUGGGAAUUCAACACAGAUCGGCCCAAAAGUGGAUUUCCGGCAAAGGUCCCAAAGCCCCUGAGAUCCGACACCAGGCCUCAGCAUGCACAGGAGAACCAGGAGCCAUGUGUCUGCCCCUGGGGACCCCUGCCCCAAAAGGCCCACAAGAUCAUGGCAUCCCCUGAUGCCAUCCUGGCCAGGCUUGUGCCCACGGCGGGGGUCAAGCUGCAGGAUCACAUGGCUCAGAAAUGCUUUGAGAUCGAAAUGAAGGCUUUUCCUAAGAUCGUGAGAGAGUCGCACAGAGAUGCUCCCCUCCUGAGAGAGACUGCCCUGCCUGGGCGACUCCACUCCCCUAGGGAGCCAGGCAAGCACAGGACAGCGGCAUUCCCAACAAUGGGACAACAGCCUGCCCACCCCGUCGAACUCCACAUAAGGCGUGAGCAUCUCAUUAUGCAGAGGGGGCUGCUCACCCUGGAUCCAGAGCCCCAGGCAAAGCUGCCUCAUGCCGUCCAAGCCAGGGGAGCCAGUGUGGAGUUCAGUGAGAUGGAGACCGAUUUCCUGCAGAUGGGGAGGCAAAGCACAAGCUCCUCUUCUUCCACACGUCCUCCAACGCCAGUGGAAGAUACCACCAUGGAGAUGGGCAGGAAUGAUAGCGCGGCAGGAAACCAGACUAACCCAGAUCACUGCACUCUGCCAGCAGGGAUGGAUCUGACAUCGCCACCUCCAGGAACCACAAUAGCAGAGAAGACACUCGAAGCGACACUCCAGAUUUAUAGGAGCGAGUUGAGAAAGCCCCUUACCAGUGCUGCACACGACCUGCAGAUCAAGCAGCUGACGGAAAUGCUGAGCAGCUCCCGCCCCUUGGCGGGCCAGGUCUCAGUUUGCCAGCAGUGCCGCAAGGCACAUCCAGGAAAGAGGAAGGGUGAGAAAACUCCGAAGGAGACAUCUGCUGAGCCGCACGGUGUUCGAGACAUCAUGCAUUCACAUGGAUUCAAUGGAACUGUGAAUUCAAAGCUCUCCAGGGACCAGCCGCCAAUCAGAGUGUGCGAGAAGUGUGAUAAGCAUCGACGGAAGAGACCAGCUGGCUCGGCAGGUGCUGACUUGCCGGGAAGAUCCCAUGGAAUUCCACAGCGUUGGACUCCAGGAGACUCCUCAGCAUCAUCCAACCACAAUAAGAUGCCAGUGCUGUGGCUCCUUCCAGCAGACAAGAGCAAGAGGCAGGAUGGAAAGGGGAAAAGGGCUCCCCGCAAGCAACCAAAGGUGGUGUCCGUUGCAACGAGUACAACAGGGCUUUCGCAAGCUGGGGAGAAAGGAAGUGGGAGUCCUGACGGUUCUCCCUCAAAGUCACCAAAGGCCUCCAGAGCUAGGACACCAUCCCCUUCAAGGAGCAAAGUUCUCCAAAAGAUGUUAAUGUGCCUGAAGCAAACCUUUAGCAAGCUUCAAAACAAAGUGAAGUCCCGAAUGUCCAAGGACUCUCGUUCCAGAACUCCCGACACUAAAUUUACAAAGCCACCCUUUUGGAAGGCAAGGGCCUCCAAGGGUGUCCGCUUUCCAUACUAG